AUGAAGAAAUUGCAACGUCUUUUCAAGAUCUUGGCUUAUUCUCAGGUAUGUUUUUGUUAAUGGAAAAACAAUGGGGGCAAAUGGCACAUACAACAAUUAUCUGUCCAUGUAACAGAGGAAAACAACAGAACACAAAAUGGAACUUUCCUUUUACACAAAAUAAGAUAUAAUACAGACACUAAUUAAUAUGCACAAUUAGUUUUAGAAAACAAUAUGAAAAACAUAUUACAUGUGGUAAGAUUUAUCAAGGUGCAAGACGUAGUCACCAUUGUCACUAAUGGAAUCAGUAGGCACAUCCCACUGGUGAUUGAUCCCUUUUACCGUUUUGCUCAUUUCACGUCACAGCAUUUUAAACAGCUCUUCCACUGAGUCAAUAGAGUUGCCUACCAAACAAGAAAAAUGCAGAUUUGUCUUUAUAUGUUAAUAUCCAUUUCCCAACCCCACUAAAAGUAACAUUGUCAUUUUCCCUCUUCUCUAAUCAGCGAGAAGCAUAUUCUCCAUUGAAAUUUUUCAAUGCGUCUCGUCCACCGUGGUUUAGUUCUUUCUCCCAGGAAGACAGUUCCGAAUAUCUUCGAUUCCUUUUAAACAGGUAUUUAAAAAAUUCUUAUAUCCUGAUUAUUUACUUAGUACUAAAUGUAGAAUUGUAUACUGUAAUGUUAAACAUGGUAUUACUUUAUAAAAGGAUCAGUUUCUCUAGAGUAGCAAACCUGCUAAUGUCCUGAAAAGUGGGCAAGUAAGAGAGUAGGUUACACAGGGCACUGUACCUUUAAAAGGGCUGUCUGAGUGCUUGUUUCCUCAAAGCAGACCAUGCAAUACAACCCCACAGUACAGCCUCUAUUGCCCCCAUACACACUUCAACCCCUAUUUACCCCCUCCCAUACAUGGCAAUUCCAAAUAAGGAUACCAAAUUAGGGAGCCAUCUAUUUAUAUCUACUGCUAUUAUCUUCCUUUUAAUUUUAGCUAUAGAGAUGAAGGCUGCUGUCCAUCCAUUCACAGACAUAGCAUCUGGUCCUUGUACAGAAAUAGGUUGCUGACCCAUGUUAUAAUGCCUCCAACUCAAGCUUUGCCUAAGGCCUCUGAAAGUAUAGAUUCACCUCUGACUACAAUAACAAUAAUAAUAAGUUACGUAAUCAUUUUAGUUUUGUGUGGGGAUUGGGGCAGCUCAGAAACCUCUCAACACAAGAGACUUGGGGGGGUGGGGGGGUUGGGGGAGGGGAUGCCCCCUGCCUCCCUCUCCAGCCCUCCUCUGUAAGCCAAUAGUAAUAAAAUACCCUCUGGUUAGAACUGCAUCAACUAAAUGAAAUAUACAUUAUUUUAAAGCCAAUUCGUUUUUUAUGGUUAUUGUUAGGUAUGAUUCAUAUUAAAUAUAUGUAUUUUUAAAAAACUUUUUAUGUUAGCUUGCACGAGGAAGAGAGAUUAAAGCUUCUAUCUUCAGAGACUACCGCCGAUGCUCUGUCUACAAAAGUUCCACCUAAGGAGGCAUCACAAAGCACAAGCUGCGGGAAAGAUAAAAAAACUGUGAUACAACACAUGUUUGAGGGAAAGCUCAAAACGAAAAUCUUCUGCCAAACAUGUAAAAUAAUUUCCCAGAAGACAGAAGCUUUUACAGACCUUUCACUGGGAUUUCCAACAUCAUCCAGUGAAACUGGCAAAAAAGAACAACAGGAAAAGCUUUCAGUCAACGACAUGUUCAGCCAUUUCCUAGCACCAGAAAUUCUUGAUGGAGACAACUGCUAUCAGUGUGGAAACUGUGCUUCCCUCCAGAAAGCAGAGAAGACCGUGCAAAUUACAGAGGAGCCAGAAUACCUAAUUUUAAAUUUGCUGAGGUUUUCCUAUGAUCUAGAGCACCACGUGAAGCACAAAAUAUUAAAUCCAGUGUCUAUUCCACCAGUACUGAGGCUGCCCGUGGAAAGAUCUACCUCUCUGGACACUGAUAUUUCUGGUGCUGGUGAGAAUAAAGGUAUUGAGCUGACAUCAGUUGCGAUAGACGAUCGGCACUGUACCCAACGACGAGUGCCUUAUGUUUUAAAUUCUGUUGUGGUGCAUUCAGGAGCAACAUCUGAAAGCGGCCAUUAUUAUUGCUACGCCAGGGACAUAAGUUUAAGGUCUGUAAAGCAGGUGAAGAGUUCCUCCAAAUCUGUCUAG